UCUCUAUCUCUCUCUCUCCCUCUCUCCUAACUUUAUAAAAGAGGGUGAUCACACAGUCUAACUCACAGACACUAUUGCUGCUGCUGCUGCUGCACCGACUUCUGCCAUCAGAAUUGCUGCUACAGACACCAGUGACGGAGGGGGCUUUCCUACUCUCAAAGUGACUUGGAAGAUGAGGGCUGCCAUCUCACUGCUGGUGCUGCUGCUCUCCAUGUGUGGAGUCCAGACAGAGAGCCACGGCACUGACGCCUCUAGCCAGGACGUCUCUACUGAGCUGAAGGAACUCAGAGACAUGGUGGUGGAGCUGAAAGGAAGGCAUGUGGCAAGUGAGGCAGAAUAUGUGGCAAUGAAACAAAGGCUAGUGGCCAGUGAGAGUAAGGUGGAGGCUCUGGAGGCUGAAAAUAAAGCAGUGAAGCAAAGGCUUGCAGCCAGUGAGACUAAGGUGGAGACUCUGGAGAGGACACUUCAGGACACCAAAGCAGAAAUGAAGACAGAGGUGGACAAUCUGAAGAAGGAAAAUGCAGCAAUUGAGAAAAAGGUGGAGAAUCUGGAGAAAGAGAUCAGAGCAGCACCCAAGGUGGCCUUCUCAGCAGCUCUGAGGGAAUAUGGUACUGGAUCCACAGAGUCUGGGAGUAAUGACAUGAACGUAGAGUUCAAGAGAGUCUUCACCAAUGUAGGAGAGGCCUACAGCAGCACAACUGGCUUCUUCACAGCUCCAGUCAGGGGGGUCUACUACUUCAGGUUCACUGUUAUGGACGCACUAUCCUCACGCACCAUGUAUAUCAGGAUGUAUAAGAAUGGAGAGAUGCUCAUGGAGCUGGGUGAGUAUGGCACUGACGGACAGCUCACCUAUCUGUCCAGUGGCCUGACUCUGCAGCUGGAGAAGGGAGACACAGUAAACAUGGUGCUACCAGCUGGCAACAGACUCUGGGAUAAUAUUAGAUUUAGCUACUGCACCUUCAGUGGCUUCCUGCUCUUCCCUCUCUGAACCACGCCACAACAUCACCAUGACCACUCACAGGGACGCUGACACACACACACACACACACACACACACACACACACACACACACACACACACACACACACACACACACACACACACACACACACACACACACACACACACACAAUUUAUGAGGUCUUUAUUAUGGAGUAAAAAAGUAUAUUGGUGACUUGUUUUCCUUUGUUUGUUUGUCCUAUCUGACAAAUUAAAUAUCAAUUUACAUGGGAGCAUGACACUGAGGGAAAGGCCUCCUAUCUGUCCAGUGGCCUGACUCUGCAGCUGGAGAAGGGAGACACAGUAAACACACACACACA